AUGCAGUGCUGCAGGAAACAUGCCUCCAAUCUCGUCGUGGAUGGUUUCAAUCUACGUCUUUCUAUAUGGUCUGAAGCUUCCAAACGUGAGCACCAGGAAACUAUUAUUGCAUACCUCCUCGACGAUCAGAUUUUCCCCCCAAAUUUUGUCAUGAAACUGGGCACAGACGGCCUCUGGCAUUUCCUUGAAAACGAGGUUGUGUUGAACGUCAUUUUAGAGACUGUUCAGGAGCUCGAUCUCUUCCGAAUCCUGGACAAUCUCAAUAGUCUUGCUUGUGCUGCUGCUGCUGCAGUUUGCUUUGGUUUGGAGAGGGUCAGGGGCAGAGUAUCCCCUGAUGUCGAAUUUUUGGGAGCAGCUUUCAAAGAUUUGUACAUGAGACUAAUGGAUUACAUUAAGGAGACGAUCAAGAAGUGCCCUAUUUUGUGGAAGCGAUGGGAGGACUACAAAAGGGCUAUUAUGGCUAGAUUGGAUCAGUGA